GGUGAUGUCUUUGAUUAUAACAUGGAAUAUUCUGAGGACAGUAAUUCUGAACCAAAUGUGGAUCUGGAGAAUCAAUACUACAAUUCCAAAGCUUUGAAAGAAGAUGAUCCUAAAGCAGCACUAAGCAGUUUUCAAAAGGUUUUAGAGCUUGAAGGUGAAAAGGGCGAAUGGGGAUUCAAAGCUCUGAAACAAAUGAUUAAAAUAAACUUUAAAUUGACUAACUUUCCUGAAAUGAUGAACAGAUAUAAACAGCUAUUGACUUACAUACGGAGUGCAGUUACAAGGAAUUAUUCUGAAAAAUCCAUUAAUUCUAUUCUUGAUUAUAUCUCUACUUCUAAGCAGAUGGAUUUGCUUCAGGAAUUCUAUGAAACAACACUUGAAGCUCUGAAAGAUGCUAAGAAUGAUAGAUUGUGGUUUAAGACAAACACAAAGCUUGGCAAAUUAUAUUUAGAACGAGAAGAAUAUGGAAAGUUGCAGAAGAUUUUGCGUCAGUUGCAUCAGUCAUGCCAGACUGAUGAUGGUGAAGAUGACCUAAAAAAGGGUACCCAACUAUUGGAAAUCUAUGCUUUGGAAAUACAAAUGUAUACAGCACAGAAAAAUAACAAAAAACUUAAAGCACUCUAUGAACAGUCAUUGCACAUCAAGUCAGCCAUUCCUCAUCCACUGAUCAUGGGUGUUAUCAGAGAAUGCGGAGGCAAAAUGCACUUAAGAGAAGGAGAGUUUGAAAAGGCACAUACUGAUUUUUUUGAAGCGUUCAAGAAUUAUGAUGAAUCAGGGAGCCCCAGAAGAACGACUUGCUUAAAAUACUUGGUCUUAGCAAACAUGCUCAUGAAAUCUGGAAUAAAUCCAUUUGACUCUCAGGAGGCUAAACCGUACAAAAAUGAUCCAGAGAUUCUAGCAAUGACGAAUUUAGUAAGUGCCUAUCAGAAUAACGACAUCACUGAAUUUGAGAAGAUUCUGAAAACAAAUCACAGCAACAUCAUGGACGAUCCCUUCAUAAGGGAACAUAUUGAAGAGCUUUUGCGAAACAUCAGAACACAAGUGCUUAUAAAAUUAAUUAAGCCUUACACGAGAAUACAUAUUCCCUUUAUUUCUAAGGAGUUAAACAUAGAUGUAGCUGAUGUGGAAAGCUUGCUUGUGCAGUGCAUAUUGGAUAACACUAUACAUGGCCGAAUUGAUCAAGUCAACCAGCUCCUUGAACUGGAUCAUCAGAAGAGAGGCGGUGCCCGGUAUACUGCAUUAGAUAAAUGGACCAACCAACUAAAUUCUCUCAACCAGGCUGUAGUCAGCAAGCUGGCCUAACCGAAAACAAGCUUUUACAAAACGUACUUAAGGCAACAGUGCAGUGAUGUAAACCUUAAAAGAACUGGGAAUGGCAAAACUACUGUCGGUUGGUGUGCCCUGAAAUUAUUGGAGUUAUGGCAGAAGUGCUUUUUUGAUCAGCUGGUUUGUGUUUUGCUGCUGCAUUUAUCCCAAGAAAAAACAGCUUUAAUCUCCAGAAGAAAACCAAAAUGCCACGGGAUUUAUGCUCUGUUGACAUCUUGCCCUAAACAUACAACAUCAUACUAAUUUGUUCAAGGGCAAUUAAUGACCAGAGAGAAGAUUUUUGUCAUGAUUUUAAAUACACUGACACGUUACUGUUGGUUAAAUUUAAACAUGUUUUACCUGCAGAAAUUCUCUCACAGAAAUAACCUGCAAUAACUUGAAAUGCAUACCCUUUUGAACACUUCCUUUUCUCAUGUAUAAAUUGAAAUGUUUGCUGCAUUUUGCAAAAUGUCAAUUCUCCAAAAAUGUGUCCGUAUAUUUCUGUACCUGCAGUGUAGUAAAGGUUUAGAAGAAACCCCAUAAUUAUAGUGGCAUACUGUCACUUUAGGUUUCAAGCAGCAAAAUAAACAGUGCAGUUCAGAAAUUGUA